CUUUGAGUGCAACUUUUCUGUGAAACAGCUUUUUGGUAUAACUGUUGCUCAGUGUUAAAGUUAUUUACUUACAGCUUAUAAGGAUCAACAGGAGAUCAUGGAGUUACAAUAACUGAUUCCAUUGAAGGUCUAAAAAGGACUCUUCACCAGAAAAUCCCUGAUGAAACACUGAGCAUCUUUCACCCCUACAUCCAUUAUCUUCCGUCAAUCUGAGGUUGGGUGUUGGGGGCAGCAGACUUCCUUCUCCCCUGCCUCUUGAGUCAGCUCCUUAGGGGGGAAUCCCAAGGCGUUCCCAGACCAGCUGAGAGACAGAGUCCUUCCAGCGUGUCCCAGGUCUUCCUCUGGGUCUCCACCCAGUAGAUCCUGACCGGAGCACCUCAUCAAAACUGAAGCUCAUAAAAGUGAAUUAUCCCAUCAGCACUGAAGAUUUCAGUAUCUUUAAAACAUCUUAGAUUUGAAGAGAGGGGAUUUCCACUAUGAGAGAUCGAUUGGAGGAGCUGCAUCAGACAGCUCAGGAGUUGUCAAGGCCAACAGCCGGCCCUACCAAUCCUUUCUCAGAGGAGGGUGAUGAUGAUGAAUCUGUGGAAGCUGGGACCAUUACGCAGCAGGCCGUGGUGUUUGAGGAGGAACCAGUCAUUCAGAAUUUCCUCUCUGAGGCUCAGCAAAUCAGAGAUGACAUCUCAACACUUGAAACAGAGGUCCUGAAGUUCUGUCAGCAGCAGAAGACCCUGGUGGCAACCAUGCGUCGCUUUAGUGUGAUGAAGAAAGAGAGCAGCAUAAAACGAGACAUCAAGCUGCAGGCCGAAAGCCUCCACCGCCGUUUAGACGGCCUUUCAAAACAAGCCCAAAGAACUGAAGACCAGCUGGGAACUAAUGCUGUCGCAGUGAGAAUACAACGCUCCCAGCAUGCAGCUCUGCAUCGCAGAUUUCAGCAGGUGAUGCGCCAGUAUAAUGAAGGUCUGCUGACCAAGCAGGAUCGUUGUAAGCACUUCAUUAUGCGGCAGCUGGAAAUAUUGGAAAAGAAUGUAACAGAGGAGGAGGUGAAUGAGAUGGUCGCCACAGGAAAUUGGGAGGUGUUCAACGAGAACUUGCUAAAUGAUGUCAGAAUCACACGGUCACAACUCUCUGAGAUCGAACAGCGACACAGGGAACUCUUGAGCCUGGAGAACAAUAUGAAAGAACUAAAAGACCUCUUCAUGGAUAUCUUCAUGCUUGUAGAGGAACAAGGGGCUGACAUUGAACACAUUCAAACUAAUGUUGAGCGAACACAAGAUUACGUAGCUGUAAGUAAUGAGAAGUUCAAGGCGGCAGCAAGAUAUAAGAAGAAGAACCCGAUUCGACAGCUGUGCUGCUGCUGUUGUCCUCCCUGGAGAUGCUGCAUGUGAAACAAGAGCAUUUUGUGCCUGAGAGUUUGUUCCAAAUAAGGUUUUAUUUCAAACACUUGUGACUAACUUAGAAGUCAGCAACAUAAGUGACAUUAAAAGGAAGGUAAAGGUGUCGAAGUUGUUGCUGCUGCUAAAAAAGAGCAAUGGUGAGUAGAGAUGCAGCAGAGCACAGAAAACAAUUAAAGAGGAGGGAAGGAAUUGCUAUGGGAAGGUACUUGUUUCUUUCAGGAGGAGGUGAAGCGACUGCGAUUGGAAGACACAGUUCAGUGAGUUCUACUCACCAACAUUGUUGCUUAUUGGAGACCUUCACUGUCAUCUGACAGAGGUCACAAACAAGAGGAGGCUACUGACACUGCUGGAUCAGCAAAAACAAUAUUCCGGCCCUUCUUCUUGAAAAGUAAAGCACUGUUUUUUUCCCUUCUGCCAUAAGAAUCCUAUUGGGGAUAGAAUUGUUUUUUUCAAAACAUGCACUUUACAGGAUUCACUUUUCAUUUUGGGGGGCAUGAAGCAAAAUUUUCUCAUAAGGAGGAAAAUUUUAUCUUCAGAAAAAAAAAUAUUUUGCAUAGAUUUUAUUCUUGGCAAUGUAUUGAUUUAAAAAAUACAUUAGAACAUGUACUGUAUUUCAAGUCCUAAUCAUUUUUAAUUCUAUUUUGUAUUAAUUUGGGCAGUUUUAUGUGAGCAGAAUACAAAUAUUUCUGGCAUGACAAAACCUUUAAACGUUGCUAAAUUUAGUAAUCACCAGCCCUUUAAAUGAAAUGUAAUGCAUAAUCUUUCAAAGUUUUUUCUUUGUGUAUAAUAUUAAUUUUAAAUCUG